AUGGCCGCUCAGGUCGCCAGCGCCGCCACUCUUAACACUAGCCCGCCUUCCGAACUCAAGAAGCCGGAUCGAGAACCCAAGGAGGAUUCGGUACCGGGGGAGAAGCAGUCGGAUAAAAAGCAGCCGGGCUUGGACAGCGGAUCGCCGGGCCGGGGGGAUCUGCAGGACGGGGCCGACGGUGGAAAUGCAGGGGGAGGAGGGGAACCUGAGAUGAAGAACGGGAAUGGGAACCCGCCCAGGGCUAACAAUAAUAACCAGAAUGACUCUGUCGGACCGGAGGGAAAUAACCAUCCCAGUUUGGUCCAUCACCACGGCCCCGCUUUUCCUCCACCUUCGUACGGAUACAGUCAGCACUACGGUCGGGCCCCUUUUCAUCAACAUGGCGGACAACAAAGCCCUGGCAUGGCAGCUGCUGCGGGUCCGGUCGUGCAGUCGAGCACUAUGAUGGACCCGUAUCAACCUAAUUCGCACGACCAUGGCUUUUCAAACCACCAGUUUAACAAUUACAACCCUUUCCCGAACAGGACUCCUUAUCCCGGCCAAGCUUACGCCAUGAACUCUCCUCGCAGCAGCCAGGCGCCGACAGCUGGGGGGCAGCCAGCUAACGUGAAGCAGCAGCAGCAGCAGCAACAGCCACCGACGGGAGGACCGACGGCUAUGGCUGGAUCUUACAAUAACCAGAGAUAUAAUAUUGGAAACCCUCAACCCACAUCGACACCGACACUUAACAAACUAUUAACCUCCCACAGCUCGACGCGGGCUUACCCAAACUACCCGUCCAGUGAGUACAGCAGCCCAGAAGGAGCUAGUAAGGGACCAGCAGACAUGGGCAGCAGCGGUCUGUAUGGAGGGAGCAACCCGGGCUGGCAACAAAGAAGCCAUCUCCCGUCACCUAUGAGCCCGGGAAGUGCUGGGCAGCCGCUAGCUAGAACCCAGGUAAAAAAUUUUCACAAGAGGAACAUGAUGUGAGCUUUAGCACGUCUCCUUCCCUCCUCCUAUCUAGUUCACAACGUAGCAGGCCAGCCAUUGUCUGAUACUACUUCGCAAAGACUCUAAAAUGGCUGCCUCUCGUGUUUUUUUUCUCUUUACACCAAAACGUCUAAUGUUUAUUGUUGUUCGUCUAUCUCUACGGGUAUGUAGCUAUGAAAGAGUGUCGCUUGAACCUGAUUCAAGUUGUUGAAACGAUGUAGGGACGUUCAGAGAGACAAGAAGGCCCGACUUUGAGAAGGGGCGAAAACACACACCGAGAGGUGCAAGGGCUAGUUUUUUUCCCCUCUGGUGCCUCUCCUAUUCGCAUUUAACGAUAAUUCUACCAUUUAUUCCGUGAAACAUUUUUAAAUAUAUUUGACUGGUAUAGUGAUUAAACGACUUCUGGCGUAUAAGUUUGUUGAAGUUGUUCGCACUCUUGAGGUUGGUAUUUUCCUGCCCGUGUAGCUGUAUUUUCUGCGGCUACAACAGAGGAGGUGUGUAGCAAUCCCUCACGGUCAGUUAAAUGUCUCGCAAAAAUCUCAUUUAAAUCACCCAAAAGUCCUGUAACGUGUAAUUAAAUGGUGCAAAUACGACAUGAGUACUUGAUCAUAAAGAGAAUUAGACCUGUGUUGAAUAGCUGCUGUGAUUAAAAUGCAUGCUGCCUGCAAACAGUCAGCUCGGCCACACAUGAGUGAGUGACUGCAGCCUGCAGUUUGCACUGGGAUUUGAAUUGUGGAGGUAAAAUCCUGCUGUCAAAGCCAGGAGAUAGUUGGUCUUUGGUUGACAUGCGAGCUGAAAUCUGAUUGGCUCCUCAUCCGCUGCUCAUGGCCAUUUAUAAUUACAUGUGAUGCGAGGCAACAGUUGCUGAUAAGAGCACACAGCAUUAAGUCAUCACAGGGUCACCAGAGGAUUUAUAACUACCUUACGCCCUCACUCUGCUCUGGUUUUUACUGUGAACAAAACAUCUAGUAUUUGAUCACCUGAAAGAUAUUUCUAUAUUAAGUUCGGUCUUUUCAAAACAGCCAGCCUUCCCAGUUAAUAGCUGUUGGUUCAAAUAUGCAUACAGUUCUCUUGUGAUCCCAAAAUCAGAGCCAUCCUCCCUGUCAUUCCUUGUGGCAUAAGUAUAAACUGCAGACUGAAUAUGUUUUGAUGUCCCAUGUCGAGGCUACACAACAUUGUGGUUUUGGCUGUGAAAAUCUUUGAAACCAAGUGAUGAACUUCUAUUAAUGUUUCAGUUUUAAGAUUUGCAUACAUUGAUAAACAAAUGACAGGUUAAAAAGCACCAUUGUUUUUUGUUCAUGUGAGAACAUGUCUCAGUAUUGAAAGGCAAAUUUGACCCUCAUGAGAGGAUGUGAGUUUGUGUAGCUGCUGUGUCUGACAUGCCACACAAGUUUGACUAUGUGACUGCAAAGAAUUUCCCCUCAAUCCUCCCCCCAAGCCAAUCAGGAGGCAGUCCACCAUUUCUCACCAGCCAAGGGAGUUUCCUCUCUGUCUUAUGCAGAUUAGCCAUGUGCUGCUCUUAUUUAUUUCACUUCAUUAUCUUGGAUCUGCAAAAUGUCAUGUAAGGCAUUUUGCAUAUUAUUUAUCAAGGGCUGUUGUUAAGCAGAGGAGGCCCUUCUCGGCAAAGUGCACACAGGGGAAUUCACUUGAUGUAAUGUAAGGGGAUACUUUUAGUCUCGAGUUGAUGUUCUCUUGUAGAAAUUAUCAUAAAAUUCCAGACUUUUUAAUGUCUGAUAGUAGUGGUGGAGCUGUGGGAAUAGACGGAUCAUUAAUGUGAGACAGUUAAGCUCCUGGAUUGUACCUUCGAAAGACUAUAACUGCUGGGCUUAUAGACUGAGUGUGCUCUUGUGCACUUUUCACUCUCUCUGGCUGUUGUGAAAGUACUUCCUUCAUUUCUGGUGUCAUUCAUCCAGAGCCAAACUGCCUUCUCCUGGGGAAAAAAAAACGACUUGGACCGGGCUCAAAACAGGAGCACAGCUGGGAUAUGUUUAAGAUUGGGCAGGCUGCCCUCCAUUUGAAAGUAGAUAUAUAUAGCUGUGUUGACUUCCGAAACCAUGGCAAAGUGAGGUGAAAAAAAAUCAGGAGUAAUGACCGUGGGAAAUUAGGUGAAAAAGGUGCAAUUUUCUCACUCAUUAAAGUGUGUUUUUACACUUUAAUCCUAUGAAAGUUACUCACUGCAGCCAAAUACUUUACUGACUUUGAAGAAAACCCUAAUUGCAAAACCAAGUUGCAUAAGUAGAGGGAGAGCUGCUUUUAAACUGUCACAUUUGGUACUUCAUUUAUUCACUGUUGUUGAUUUUUCAUUCACUGUGUUUUUUCUAAAUCCAGCCAACUGGUUCCAUGGACCCAAUGGGAAAAAUGAGAGGUCAACCCUACGGAGCAGGCAGUCCAUAUAGUCAGCAGUCGCAACAGGGUCCUCCUACAGGUCCACAACAGGGGCCUGGUUACCCCGGACAAGGUUAUGGCCCUCCGGGUCCACAGCGAUAUCCAGUGGGAAUGCAAGGACGGACAUCUGGGAGCAUGGGUGGCAUGCCGUAUGGUCCACAGGUGAGUCUCAUUAUUUACAUUUGUGAUUGUCUUGUCUGUGUCUGUUUUCUCAAGUUGUGUUCUGAGGCUUGUUUGUUUGUGUAUCUCUUUAGAUGGGAUCAUAUGGACAGCAGGGACCAGGAGGUUAUGGCCCCCAGGGCCAAGCCCCGUAUUAUGGGCAGCCAGGCCAGGCCCCUCACCCAAGCCAGCAGCAGCCCCCCUAUAGCCAGCCCCCACAGGGACAACCGGGUGGCCAGGCACCUUACCCAGGGCCGCCUCAUCCUCCGCCAAAUUCUGCCCAACACUCCCAGGGAGGACCGCCCUAUCAGCAGCCCCACAUGCCCCCACAAUCCCAGGGGCCACUGCCAGGCCAACCCCAAGGGCCCCCACAGUCUCAACCACCUUAUUCUCAGACCUCAGCCCCACAGUCUGCCCAGUCUCUGUAUGCCCAGCAGCAGGGUCCUCCCAGCCAAGCCCAGCAACAGCCAAGUUCCCAGGAUGCCCCUGGAUCACAGGGCCAGUCCAACUACCCUGGAUCCACACAAGGGCCUCAGCAGCCCCCCUCUCAGCAACAGCAGGCUCAAUCUCAGCCUCCGCAGCAGCCACCAGGACACAGCCAACACCCACAGGGCCAACCUGCAGUGUACUCCCAGAACACUCAGCAGCAGCAGCAGCAGCAGCAAACACAGCAGUCACCUUAUCAGCGCUUUCCUCCCCCAGCACAGCAGGUAUGGCCCUUAGACUUGGACUAUUAUUCGUAAUUAUCUUUGUCUUCAUUACUUCAAAGCAUGUUUGCUCAUUACGCCUGCAGUACAGUUCAGCAUGUGCUCCCAUAUCUUUCAGGAGGUUUCCCAGGACUCAUUUCAGUCCAACCCCCCUCCAUCCACGCAGCCCAAAUCUGGCCCAGAGGAUAGCCAAGGCCGCCCCUCCAGCCUUCCGGUCAGUGCUGCUUGUUAUGUCAGGACUGGAACAGAAAAGUCGUUUUCUACUUCAUGUGUCUAAUAGGAUUAUUUUCACUGUUCCAUAUAUAUGUCAAGCAUCAUGAGGCUCACUUCAUUUAAAAUCCCCGUUGGAUGACGAUUUCUUUCUGAUUUAAAAGCCCUUUUAAUGCGGCAUGUUUGAAUCAGGGCUGCAGUUCUUUUAAAUGUCAUGUUCUUCGACGGUGCGGCUGCAUAUCAGUGGGUUUUUGUUUAGAGACAGCUGUGUGGCUCCUGCUCGUGGAGAAAGUGCCGUGUAAAUGGAUAAAUCUGAGAUGAAUACAAGAGAGUUUGUUUGUGUACUGAAAUCACAUGGCAAGGCUGCUGCUACAUGCUGACUCAGCUCGCAUCCUACAAACCUUGGUUACCAUGACAACCCCUGGCACUAAUGUGCACUCAUUUUCUCUUUGAAAAAGAUAAAUAAGGACAAAGGCCUCUGGGUCUGUGGGUGUGUUUAUCUGUGUGUGCGUAGUUUUUGAAUGUGUGCCACUCGUAUCUAAACAACUAAAGAAAUAUGAGUCUGCACGUAAAUAACUAUGAUACUAUGGAAUGUUUGAACAGAACUGUUUAUUAAUGUAAAGAAAACCCAGUCCAAUUGUUAAUGCGGAGUCUGAGGCCACAAACCAAUUUUCUGCCCUUUUUCUUACAUGGCCUGCUUUUUUGACUCUCCUUCUGCUCUGGUUUUCAGGACCUGUCGGGCUCCAUUGAUGACCUACCGACAGGUGCAGAGGGAGCCCUGAGCCCCGGUGUGAGCACGUCAGGUGUGUCAAGCAGCCAAGGCGAGCAGAGUAAUCAGGCCCAGUCGCCCUUCUCUCCUCACACAUCUCCUCACCUGCCAGGCAUCCGGGGACCUUCACCCUCUCCUGCUGGCUCCCCAGCCAGUGCUAGCACACCCCGAACAGGACCGCUGUCGCCUGCCAACAUGCCAGGUGGGUUUAUCACUCACCCAAUUGAAUGAGAGGCUAGGUACUUGAGAGGAAGACAUCUUGGAUAUUUUGCAUUUCAAAAAGAGAAUGCCCUUUUUUAGAUGCUGUUAUCAAGUUUUCAAAUUUUGAUCUGACACAUAAAACAGAAGAAGAACAGCAACAAAGAUUUUCUUUAUAUUCAGUUGAAGAGACCAGUCUUCAAUCCUGAUCUUCCUGGACUUCCUAACGGCUUGAAGCUUGAGUCCACACACAGAAUUUUUAAUAACAAACUAAAAUAAAAUAUUUUCCCUGAGUUAUCAUUUAUAAUCCACAGGGGAUGUGGUGGUGGUUGGUGUGUCUACAGGGAGUGUGUUGUCUGUGUUUUUGAAGUGUCAUACUUAUUGGUGACUUGCUUAUUAUGAAUGUCAGUUAUUGUGCUGUGAAGCUCCCUGUAAACAGUCUCCAUGUUGGGACUCAAAGAAAGCAUAAAGGAAUCGGAUGAUAUCACAGUUUAUCUUCUCUGCCAGCAACAAAUACAAAUAUCACAAAGCAUGUCUUUUAUUUAAUGCAAAUUCAACCAAACAAACAACAGUACUCGUCAGCCUAUGAAUGAAAGAGCUGAUGAUGUAGAGGCUAUGAUAGAGGGCAGACGGUAGAGACACAUGUAGCAGGAAGGCGUGCCUGCAGGAAAACCAAAUCUCGAACCUUCCCGCAUAUUUGUGCCAAAGAGUGUGUGCAUGUUUAAGUUUGUAAGACUGUUUCCACCACAGUAAAACAAUCAGAUAAUUACAUAUCAGUUUUCAGUUUUGCUGUGUUGUUUACUCUACCAGCACUCUCCAGACCUUAUCUCCGUGUUGAUUGACCACUGCUGCUUGCUCUCUCACUCUCAUCUGCUUGUGGCAGUUUGUGGUUUAACAUUUGAAUGCAGAUUUUUUCUUCAGUCUUCUACUUCCUCAUAUUGAUUGCACCCAAAAAAAUGCAGAUUGUUGAUUGUCUUAAAGCUCAUGGUAUUGAAAAGGAACAAAAUAUCACAAAUUUGGACACUUCGUACGGCGAGAACAUUCUCUACUUUUAUCUGAAAUUUUACAGAAGCAAAUUAACUGUAUUUACAGCCUUCAUUUUCUGGCUGCUUCAAAAGUCUCCUAUGAUCAUAAUUUUGAAGACGGAAAAACAUUCUUAACACUUUUAGUUCGCACUUGUGUAGCUGAAACUGUACCGGCUCGCAGUUUAGUUUUAAAUAUACUUACCUAAAUUUGAAUGUUUAUUGUUUAGGGUCCCAGAUGCCCCCAAGACCAUCAAGUGUGCAGUCAGAUGGGAGUUUACACCCUGCAAUGAGCCAGUCCCCUAUGGCCCAGGACAGAGGUAUGCUCUAGUCAGAACUUUUAAAGAGCCUGUAUGUUUGCUGAAGUAUGUGAGUCUGAACACUGUUUCUCUUUUCUGUCACAUUUCAGGGUUCAUGCAGAGAAACCCUCAGAUGCCCCCCUAUGGUUCCCCUCAGUCAGCCUCUGCACUGUCUCCGCGCCAGUCCUCAGGGGGGCAGAUGCAUCCUGCAAUGGGUCCAUAUCAGCAGAACAACUCAAUGGGAGGUUAUGGGCAGCAGGGAGCACAAUAUGGCCCCCAAGGUUUGUUCUGGAAAUAUUUUCUGUUGGAGUUUAACGCAAAAAGAGAGCUCUCAAAAGAUGCAGGGAAUUUUAUUUUUCACUUUUUAAGGCUCAAAUGCUGUUUUAUAAAGGUCUUGUCUGUUUGUGAAGUUUUCCAACUUAAAUCUUCCUGUAGACAAACAUAUGGAGUGUAUCUCCCUGCCUCAUAGGAAUAGCAUGCUAUGGUUGGUCCCUCCCUCUGACUCUGUUGCAGCUAUUUAUAGCCGUGAAGCAGAGAGUCAGCUGACGUAGCAGAGCCUCCUGUCAGUAGAGCCGAGGCUGUGACGAAGGCUUGUUGCUCAGGGUGCAUAGCUCUCCCUGCUAGCACACUGUUGGGAAAAGUCUACCUCACACAGCUCAGAGGGAAAGACUGUCUCAGCUGUAAUAGUGUACUUUUGGUGUCAGACCAUAAGAAACCUCAGGGUGCUUCAGCAGUCCUUUUUUAGACAAGAUUACCGUAACAUCCAAGUUCUUGCUCAGCCUAAUUGUUUUUGUCAAAAUGUUAUUCUUAGGUUACCCUCGGCAACCUGGCUAUGGCAACAUGCCCAAUGCUAACUACCCCGGGCCAGGAAUGGGUCCAAUGAACCCAAUGGGUGGACAGGGUGGGGGUCCUCCAUAUGCUGGCAUGCCUCCAGGAAGGAUGCCUCCUAAUCAAAUGGGGGCACGUCCCUACGGCCCAAACAUGGGUCCAAACAUGCCCCCCAACAUGGGUCCAAACAUGCCUCCCAACAUGGGCAACAUGCCACCCCAGGUAGGCUCAGGAAUGUGUCCUCCACCAGGAAUGAACAGGAAGCCCCAGGACCCUGCAGCCAUGCAGCACCCUGCCUCCAACUCAAUGCACAACAGGUUGGUUAUGACAGAUCCUCUAAUACGAAACUUUAUAUACCAAACACAAGACAUCUGGUUGACUUCUUCAAAAUGAUGUUAACUACUUUCAAAUUUACAAAUACUUGAUGCUCAUACUGUUUUCCUGCAUCCAGGAUGCCCGGUUACCCCAACAUGUCACCUGGCAUGAUGGGCUCUGGGCCACCCUAUGGCCCUCCCAUGAACAACAUGCCUGGAAUGAUGAACACUCAAGGUGGAUCUCCAUAUCCAAUGGGGCCAAAUAUGGCCAAUAACUCAAGUGGUAAGUUGCACAGUGAUUGUGGACCGUGUUCAAAAAGUUGUUUCUCUUCUUUUUGAAAACUUCACAGCUAACCCUGAUCUUUGUAGGUAUGGCCCCCAGCCCAGAGUUGAACAAUAAGAUGAAUAACAAAGUAGAUGGGACUCCUACACCCAAACCAGAGACAAAAUCUAAGGUGAUCUCUCUUCUAUACACACCAUGACAAUCAUUUUUGAAACUAAUUACACUUUGUAUGUGUAAAGUCUGAACUGCUUUAAAAUGUGUUUCUUGCUUUGUUUCGCACAAAACAGAAGUCCAACUCUUCCACCACAACCAGUGAAAAGAUAACCCGCCUGUACGAGUUGGGACCAGAGCCAGACAGGAAGAUAUGGGUGGAUCGUUAUUUGGCUUUCAUUGAUGAGAAAGCCAUGGGUAUGACCAACCUGCCAGCUGUAGGGCGAAAACCCCUUGACCUCUUCCGCCUAUACAUGUCGGUUAAAGAAAUCGGAGGCAUGACCCAGGUUUGUAUGGCGUUCAUGAGCUGCACCCUAUCCAAACACAUGUAUUUCUUGUCUCUUCUGGAGCAGCCUUCCUAAAGUCCUUUUUUUUCCCCCCUGGUCAUCAGGUGAAUAAGAACAAAAAGUGGCGUGAUCUGGCCACUUCCUUGAACGUAGGUACAUCUAGCAGUGCUGCCAGUUCCUUAAAGAAACAGUACAUUCAGUGUCUGUACGCCUUUGAGUGCAAAAUUGAGCGUGGUGAGGACCCACCUCCUGAGAUAUUCACUGACAACAAAAAGAACCAAGCUGCUAAAGUCCAGCCCCCUUCUCCAGGUAUAACUGAACUCAGACCAUCUUCUUUUAUGAGCACUUAUGAUUCACUUAAACAGCAAGUUAAAAGGUUUGAACUGUGUGACAGCGUCUCUGAUUUAACGUGUCAUGUCUGUUUGCUUCCAUUUCCAAACAAAGCAUCGCUCUGCUCAACAGCUGGGUCAGGCUCCCUACAGGGUCCUCAAACACCCCAAUCCACCAGCAGCUCCAUGGCUGAAGGAGGAGACCUUAAACCUCCCACACCGGCCUCCACCCCUCAUACCCAGAUGCCCCCAAUGCCACCUGGCUCCAGGUGGGUCCCUUUAAACUGAUGGUUCAAUUUUCUGGUUUGAGUCUCUAAGAACAAAGUUGGAAAAGUUUAUUUCUUUCUGUCGUCUCUCUUCUCCCACCUAUGCCUCCCUCUUUCCUUAAUUCUCUGUAGGAGCAGUGUUAACCUGCAGGACCCUUUCUCAGAAGGAAGUGACCCUGCUUUCCCCAGGAAGAACUUGACACCAAACUCUGCCUAUCAGUCGGGCAUAAACACACCGGACAUGCAGGGUCGAAUGGGCGCCUAUGAACCCAACAAGGACCCCUUUAGUAACAUGCGCAAAGGUGGGCAGAUUGAAAGGAUCCAUUUAUUCCAGAGCAUAUUGUACUUUCUUAAGUACCUCAAAGUCCUAAUGAACUUAAAUUCUGAUUAUACUUCCAGUUGGUGAGCAGUUUCUUCCUGCUAACCAAGGCCCUAACAGUGGGAUGGGUGAACAACAGCAGCAGCAACCACCACAGCAGCAACAGCAGCCUCCUUUCAAUAGAGGGCCUCCUGGAGCCAUGGGUGCACUACCAAUGGGGCCCAGACAGCAGUAUCCUUAUGGACCAGGCUAUGACAGAAGGUAUGAAUCAUCGAGUGGAAGAUGAUGUUGUUAAGGUGACUGAAAAAUGCUGAUACAACCAGGAGUCUUUUUUAUGAACAGUCAAAGUUUUAGUGUAAAUCAGAAAAGGUUUGUUAUCCGGGAUUUUCUGGGCUCUGUGUAUUUGAUUAUUCUAUUAUUCUAUAUAAUGAUUAUAGAAGGGAAUUUUCCAAAGAUCGUCUGCUUUCCUGGACAGUUUGCCAAGCCCUGAGUUUGUGAUGCACCACUUACACCAAAUACUACAUCACAUCAAAAGAUCUGGGACAAGGAAUGUUUUCAAACACUGAUGAAGCUACCAUGUUGCCAGACCUUUUUUUUGCCUCUGCUGAGAAUUAACUUAAAAUUUUUUCUUUUUCAAAGAGACAGGACCAAUAGCCAAAAAAAAAAAAAGUAAUUGAUCAGUAGAGAGUUGGAAUUGACUCAGAGGUCCAUGAUUUAGGGAGCUAUACAGAAAAUCGUUGUUACUUGGAUAUACUUAUGUACCAUAUUGUAAAUAUUACAGAUCAGAGCAGGGGAUGGGCCCAGAGGGCAACAUGGGCUCCGGUGCUCCUCAGCCAAACCCUAUGAUGCCUGCCAACGCCGACACGGGGAUGUAUUCGCCAAAUCGCUUCCCACCGCAGCAGCCACGGUCAGUAUGCUUGAAAGUGUUAGGGUUUAGAGCCAAACAACAACCAGUCCUCAAUGACUGGCCUGAUUAAAUGGCCAACUGUACCUUUGUAUACAUCAAAUAUAGAAACGGAAUCCAAUGUAAUGAUUACACUGUUUGGAUAUUUAUUACUUUGACAAUUACCCCUAAUUCCACUUUCAAACCUGAGAAUUUCUUUGGUUUUAGUUAAUAUUUAUGGCUAUUGUGCUCUGAGCAAAGUUAGUUGCAUAAACCAGGAAUAAUUUAGAAUCUGUGUCUGUGUGAAGUUUUUAAAAUGAGCAGGACAUUUAUACUGUGAGUUAACGGUCGUCCUUGAAAAUCCAGGAGAAGUCUAUUUGUUGCAGAAAUGAAUCCCAUUUAUGAAUAAAAUUGUUAAAUAUUAAUGGAGAUUUAAAAUGAUAUGAUUUAGUUUAAUGCUGUAAAAAUAGACUGCUGGCUGUUUGUAUGACAGGCCUCAAUCAAGUGAUGCAUUUUAUUUAUGUGGUCAAACUGACAAGGUGUGAUUUUUGCAGGCAUGAUUCCUAUGGUAAUCAGUAUCCUGGACAGGGAACGCCCCCUACUGGCUCUUACCCAAAUCAGCAGCCUGGAAUGUACCCACAACAACAACAGGUCAGUGAUCCAUCUGCACUGUGAUAACUCACUGUUGUCAACACACCUGGGUCAACAGCUUUGGUUCUUCAUUAUGACUGAUAUUUUUAUGUUUUUACCCUUUAUUUUUAUUUCUUCAAUCUUCUCUGUUCCCUAAGUAAGACUGUGUCAUAUACCUGUGCUCCCUUUUUUCCUGGAUAGAGUUACAAGCGUCCUGUGGAAGGGGGUUACCCUCCAUCAAAACGUCAUGAGUCUGAGUACAGCGGGCCUUUUCAUGGUGGACAACAACCACCUCAGCAGCAGCAGCAGGGAGGAGCCACUGCUCCCACUUCAGGACAGCAGGAGUCGUACAAUCAGUACAGUGGCAGCGGGCCUUUCCCUGGUUCUGACCGUCGCCCAGCCGGCCCUGGCAAUCAGUUCCCCUUCCCCUUUGGUCGUGAACGGAUGCAGGGAGCAGCGGGGCCCAAUGCCCAGCCCAACAUGCCUCCUCAGAUGAUGCAGUCGGGUCCAGAGGUUCCUCAGGGAACUAUGUGGCAGGGACCGCGGGACAUGAACUAUCAGAACUAUCCUAGCAGGCAGGGUGGUCCAGGAGGCCCACCCCAGGGACCAGGUUACCCUGGCAUGAACCGAUCGGAGGAGAUGAUGUCAUCAGAGCAGCGCAUGAAUCAUGACGGCCAGUGGGGAGGACAGAUGGGCCCACGGCAGCCUCCUUACGGUCCAGGAGGUCCUGGUCAGCCAAUGCCUCGCUCAGUACAGUCCAACUACCAGCCCCCUCAGGGCGUGCAGAACCACAUUCCACAAGUGUCCAGCCCUGCCUCCAUGCCCCGCCCCAUGGAGAGCAGGACGUCGCCCAGUAAAUCUCCCUACAUGCACGGAGUCAUGAAGAUGCAGAAGGCCGGCCCUCCGGUGCCUGCGUCUCACAUAGUGCCCCCUCCGGUGCAGUCCCCUCUUAUAAGGCGAGACAUGCCUUUUCCCCCAGGCUCUAUAGAAGCCAGCCAUCCUGUCCUGAAACCACGACGGAGACUCACUGUCAAAGAUAUCGGUAAGUCCAUCCCAAGUGUUGACCUUCAGUAUUAUUGACAGAGCUGCCCAUUGUUGCUUUGUCCAUAAAUAUUGUCUGAUGGUACGAGGGGAGCACCUGAUACCAACUGUGUCUUAACUUUUCAGGAACUCCAGAGGCCUGGAGAGUUAUGAUGUCAUUAAAGUCUGGUUUAUUGGCUGAGAGUACAUGGGCCUUAGACACCAUCAACAUCCUCCUCUAUGAUGACAACAGUAUUUCCACCUUUGAUCUUAACACGGUGAGACCUGACUUUGGCUCUUUAGUAAGAGUUGCAUAUCAACAUCAUAAUUACCUUACAUGUUGAGCAUGUCUAACAUUUUUCCGUAUCUGGGUUCUUUCCUCAGUUGCCGGGCUUUCUAGAGCUGGUGGUUGAGUAUUUCAGACGCUGCCUCAUCGAAAUCUUUGGCAUUUUGCGUGAGUAUGAGGUGGGAGACCUUGGCCAGAGGGUGUUACUUGAUCCUGAUGCCCUUAAACGAGAUUGGGAGAACACGGAGGAAGAGGAACCACAGGCUCAGGACAUGGAGCAAGAGGAGGAAGAUGAUGAUGACGAUGAUGAUGAAGAGGAGGAGGAAGAAGACAUGGCGGAGCCUUCUCAUGUUAAAGAGGAGGAAGAGAGUUCUGAGUCUCGGGGUCAUGAUGACAAGACCGAAGAUGAGGAGAGGAAGAGCAAGGGGUUGUCAUCUGAACAGACAAACUCAUCUCAAACCCUAGCUGGUCAUGAGAGACCCAAACAGGCCAGCAAGUUUGAUAAGUUUCCCCUGAAGGUGGUACGAAAGAAAGACCCAUUUGUAGCUGGUCAGUCUAAUAAUCACGGUAAAGUUCAAGAGUUUGAUAGUGGACUGCUUCACUGGAGUGCAGGAGGGGGAGACUCAACAGAACACAUCCAGACUCACUUUGAACCCCGCAAAGACUUCUUGGAACCUCGGCAGCGAUUGCCUGUGCCUCAAGUUCUACUGAGGCGAAGACUCCCCGAAGAUGAGAUACAAAUAAAUUGCUUGCUAGCCGAGGAGGACAAAAGAAAGCCCCAGGAUGAAGAGGAAAGGUCUAUUGAGACAUCCUCAUCUGAGAUAACAGCAGAGUCAGAGAAGGCCAGCCCCUCAGUCAGCAGGGAGGAGGAAGGAAAAACAGAUUCUGAGCUAAAGACAGUUGAGAAAGGCGUAAAAAUCCACCAAGAGAAUAACAGAUCCAUCCUUUCCUCCAGCAGUGUUUUAUCACAGAAGGCAAAGCUGACUGGCACCAUCCUGGAGGAUGAGCCUCACAGUAAGGAUGAGGGGCCUCUCAUUGCCCUGGCAAACUGGCAGGAUUCUUUAGCCAGACGCUGCAUUUGUGUCUCAAACAUCAUCCGCAGUCUCUCCUUCGUGCCAGGCAACGACCAUGAAAUGUCCAAACAUCCGGGGCUCCUGUUGCUACUGGGACGCCUGAUCCUGCUCCACCACCGGCACCCGGAGCGUAAACAGGCGCCCCUCACCUACGAGAAGGACGAGGAUUCGGAUGAGGGAGUGGGCCAGAGGGACGAGUGGUGGUGGGACUGCUUGGGGCUCUUGAGGGAGAACACACUGGUCACUUUGGCAAACAUCUCAGGCCAACUAGACCUCUCUGUCUACUCUGAGAGCAUUUGUCUCCCACUGUUGGAUGGUCUUCUCCACUGGGCCGUCUGCCCAUCAGCAGAGGCCCAGGACCCUUUCCCCACCCUAGGCCCACACAGUGCUUUAUCCCCUCAGAGACUGGUCCUAGAGACACUAAGCAAAUUAAGCAUCCAAGACAACAAUGUGGACCUCAUUCUGGCCACUCCACCUUUUAGUCGUUUGGAGAAGCUGUACGGGAACCUGGUGCGGCUAAUCGGAGACAGGAAGGUGGCGGUCUGCAGGGAGAUGGCAGUGGUCCUACUGGCAAAUCUGGCCCAGGGUGAUACCAUGGCGGCCCGAGCGAUUGCUGUACAGAAAGGUAGUGUGGGUAACUUGCUGGGAUUCCUGGAGGAUAGCCUGGCUGCCACACAGCUCCAGCAGAGCCAGAGCUCUCUGCUGCACCUACAGGGGAUGCACUUCGAGCCCACGAGCCCAGACAUGAUGCGGCGAGCUGCCCGGGCUCUGCACGCCUUAGCCAAGGUGGAGGAGAACCACUCAGAGUUCACACUACAUGAGUCCCGCCUCCUCGACCUUUCGGUGUCCCCCUUAAUGAACUCACUGGUUUCUCAUGUUAUCUGUGAUGUACUCUUUUUGAUUGGCCAGUCAUGA